AAACACCGGUCGCCGGUCGAUGACGUCACUGGACAAACUUUACCGAAGAGCUCAGAUAUGAGCACUAAAACUGGGGAAGAUGUGUUUUAAUGUCAACGCGACACACUAGAUAAUAUAUCUGUGAAGUGGUUAAGUGAAACUGUAAGUCAUGUACAGCGAACGCGAGCGUUUGUAAGUGACGUCAGCAGCAUGUACAGAUGUAAACACAGUUCCUUCGCUUGGACUGUAUUUCUAUCGGUCCUGGUGAUUAAACAGCAGCGGUCUGUUAGAGGUUCAUCUGUGGAGGUUCGAGUGAAUGUUGACACGCCACUGAGAAACCUGAAGCACUUUUGGAGAAGCACUGGAUUCUGCCCUCCACAGCCACACAGUGAUGCACAUCUGUAUGAUCUCAGUCCCGACCAGCAGAUGAAUCUGGCUUUGAUCGGCUCUGUGCCGCACAGAGGAAUCCAGCAGGUGCGGAUACACUGGAUGCUGGAGCUGGUGUCCGCGCGAGUUUAUAAUGGAGUAUACCACUAUAACUUCACUCACAUAGACCAGCUGAUUGACCUUCUCUGGCAGAAUGACCUGCAGCCAGGCUUUGAACUUAUGGGCAGCGUGUCCAACAGCUUCAGCAACUUUGAGGACAAAAGUCAAGUUACUGAAUGGAGGAAUUUGGUCUAUUUAAUUGCCAAAAGAUACAUAUGGAAAUACGGGCUUGGCUUUGUCUCUCAGUGGAACUUUGAGACAUGGAAUGAGCCUAACAACCAUGAUUUUGACAACAUUACUGUGUCAAUCCAAGGGUUUCUGAACUAUUAUGAUGCCUGCUCCGAGGGACUUCGUGCGGCGAGUCCUCUCUUGAAGUUUGGGGGUCCGGGAGACUCCUGUCAUUCUCCGCCCCGCUCUCCAUACUGCUGGGAAAUGCUACAGCACUGUUACAACGGCACAAACUACUUCACUGGAGAGACGGGCGUACGGCUAGACUACAUCGCCCUACAUAAAAAGGGAGGUGGCAGCUCGUUACCCAUCCUGCAGCAGGAAGUGGCCACUGUGCGGGAGAUCCAGCAACGCUUUCCACAGUUUCGUUCUGUGCCGAUCUACAAUGAUGAGGCGGAUCCACUGGUUGGCUGGAAUAAACCACUCACCUGGAGAGCAGAUGUCACCUAUGCAGCCAUGGUGCUUAAGGUCAUCUCGCAGCAUCAGAACCUGCUCAUAACCGACCAGAACGGUACCAUCAACUACACGCUGCUUAGCAACGACAAUGCUUUCCUUAGUUACCACCCGCACCCAUUUACCCAGCGCACUCUCACCGCCCGAUUCCAGAUCAACAACACAAACCCGCCUCACGUGCAGUUAAUACGGAAACCAGUCAUGACUGUGAUGGGCCUGCUGGCAUUGUUAGGUGAGACUCAGGUGCAGGCCGAGGUGUUGACUGAUGGCUCUGAAGUGAACUCAUCGGUGGGUGCGCUGGCCACCGUUCACGUCCCUCAGGUGCCGUACACGGCCGAUAGCUGGCAGACCACCGUCUUGCUCUAUAACAGCAGAGAUAACCAGACCUCCUCCACCGCUGACAUCAUCACUCUGCGCCUCACUGGAAUACCUCGGCAAACGGGUCUGAUGUAUGUGACGCACUACAUGGAUAAUAAUAUGACAAACCCUUUUAAACUGUGGGAGAACAUGGGCAGCCCAGACUAUCCCACUGCACAACAGUUCACACAGCUACGGACCCAAGAGGAUCCACAGACUGAUGGGCCUCUGCCGGUCUCAUCCGAUGGCUCUCUGAUGCUGAAGGCAGUGCUUCCUGUCCCCUCAGUGCUGCUUGUACACGUUUGUGCUCCGUCUAAGGAAGCACCCAAUCAGGUGAACGGGGUGCGUUUCAUCACCAUCACCAAAGGACAGGUUCUGAUCAUUUGGAAAGAUCACUGCGUUGGCACGAAGUGUAUAAAAACUUAUGAAGUGGAAUUUUCCAAAGAUGAGACCACUUUCCAGAGGAUUAACCAGAGAGACACUAUUUUCACAUACUACACUUAUUCUUCAGAGAGUCUGGAGGCGAGUGGUUAUUAUAGAGUCAGAGCCGUGGACUACUGGGGAAGAAAUGGAGAAUAUUCAGUCACUGAGAAAUAUUCAGAGAACUAUUAGUCUCGAUUAGACAGAAUUUUGACUGUCCACAUGCGAUAUGAUUUGCGUCUUAAUUUGAUCAAAAACAUUCACCAGAACAGGAUGAGACUGGUUUGAAUAACAUGUAAAGUGUCCAAACAGUUCAUCUGGUUUUUACAUGCCAUUUAAGGUUGUUUAUCUGAUGCUGCAGUCAUUUACCUUGAAAAUACGGUUUUGUUUUGAAAAAAAUGUCUGCAUAUCAUUUUUCAAUAUUCAUGACAAUCCAUUGGUAAAUUUUUAUGUGAGAUAAAAAUAGAUUGCAUGAGUUUCUCUACAACAACCUGAAGAUUUUUAGCAUUUCCUUGCACUGACUGAAAAAAUCAAUUUUGCUGUGAUUUUGAACUGCCUGGACAUGAAAAUUAUUUCUAAAUCAAAAUGAAAAAGAAAUAGGGAUUAACAGUUUAUUAAUAAAUAUUGGUGUGGAUGUUUACCAAAGUGGAACUCUGAUUCAGUGCAUGUUUAACAUUGAAGAUGUAAUGAGCACAGGCAAUGAAAGAAUAAAGUGUCAGAUCAGAAGAAAUUUA